AUGACAGAUAACGACCAAGCAAUGCCAAACGAUAAUGCUACACCAUAUGAAGGCAAUGAUCACCCAAUAAUUGCACGGUUCCGACAAGCCAAAAUCACAUCUGACAACUGCAAGUUCGACCUUACUGUUGCUAGUUUAAACAGUGACAUACUAAUAGAAGUGGCGGAUAUUGUAAAGAAUCAAACUGCUGGCAAUGCCUACACACAACUGAAAGCUCGCCUUCUCAAAAGGUAUAGCAUUAGCUCAGAUGAAAGGAUCCACAGAUUAAUGGAGCUCACUCUGGGUAACCUAAAACCCACUCAACUUCUCCACCGAAUGCAAGCUCUGGCCAUGGAUAACAUUAGUACACAAGUUCUAAAAUUUUUUUGGUUGGACCGCCUACCACCUUCGGUUCGAAGUGUUAUAUCUGUUCUUGAUGGAGAUCUAGAAAAGCUUGCUAAGAAAGCCGAUAAGUACCUCCGAUGUUCUAGUUUUCCAGUCAUGGCUGUUACCGAAAGCCCUACCUUAGACAAAGCAGUGGCUGCAUUGGAUGACCAAGUGAGCGCUUUAUCCAACAGAUCAACUGUAGCUGAAGAACGGCAACAGAUUCAAAUGGUCAAGAGUACCAAGUCAUCAUCUGACGAGCAGUGUUACUACCAUCGAAGAUUUGGAGCACAAGCAAAGAAAUGUAGACUACCCUGCAGUUUUACAAAAAAACGACCAAAGGGCGCAGUAAUGGCGGCAACUGCAGCCCCUCACAUACCACGCCGCAUCUUCAUUACCGAUGGUGUUCUUCAGCUUCAUGACACUUACAGCGUCGAAGAUACUAUCCGAUGGCCUUACUUCUUGGGAUAA